AUGCUCCUGCUAUCCGCGGCGCUGGCGCUUGCCCCGCUAAGCCUCAGCCUCGCCUCCGCCACCGCUCGCGCCGAUGGCGGACUGUGGCUCGACCCGAAACCCAACUAUGGCCUCGUGCACCCCCCACCCCUCGCCGCCCGCGCGCUCCAGUGCCCCGCGUCCCAUCCGGUCCUGUGCCCCAAGUGGCCGAACGCAUGUACCCAGGUCGGCAAGGUGUGCUGCGACCUGACGCAGGGCACGAGCAGCUGCGACGAGGGCGAGUACUGCGUCAUGUACCGCGGCGAGGUCAAGUGCUGCCCCAACGGCGAGAACUGCAAUGAGGAGGAGUACUCCUACACCACCGACACGCUCACACGCACCGCGACCGAGUACACGACCGAGACUGAGACGGCGUCGGUGGUGGUCACGGUCACGCCGAAGUCGUCGGGAUCUUACUACACCACGACGUACCGCGCACCCGCGUACACGCCCCCGGCUUACACGCCCCCGACGUACACGCCCGCGACGUACACCCGCAAUGCGACAACGACGGCAUCGCAGUACACUCCCACGGCCGACGCCGAUGAGUACGACUCGAGCCCGACGACGACGACGACGCAGAUCGUUGUCAGUGGCGCCACGCCGCCCGAUGUUGCGUCGGCGUCGUCGGUGCCAGUCAACCCCUCGACUUCGGUCCAGCCGCCGCCGCCGAUCCCGUUCGCCAAUGGCGCUGCUCGGCGUGGCGUCGAGGUCGGCAUUCUGGCUGCUGGUCUUGUGCUCGCUGGGCUGUAG